UUAAUCCGAACCAUCUGUGGCGAAAGCAAACAUAUUACAGCAUAUAGAAAAAAUAAUCUCAACAAGUUCUAUGGCAAGACCAUGAAGAAGACUUAUUUCAGCAAGGAAGGAGACAUGUUGGCAGCAAGGCACCUUUUGGCCUUCGACAUUAAUAUACAGUACACACCAAUAAUUAAAGUCAUUUUAAAUGUGAAGAAAGCACAAGACAGUCUAGAUUUCUCAGGACUAGACAAAAAUGUUCCCACAUACUGGUCAGCACUUUUCAGUGGAGGAAAAACUGCAGCUAAAGCACCUCCGAAGUUGCCUCGAAGCAAACCUGUAGGCGCAGUCACCCCGUUCCCAGCCGGGUCCUGGGAGAAGACUGGAAGGUGGCGGCCGCGCGCCCUCGCUCCCCUCCCGGCCGGCCACCUGUCAGAAUCCCUAAGCGGCGGUGCAGGGAAGGAGGUGCAGACCCGGGUGCUGGGGAAGGGACCCCGACGGCUGCGGGCUCCUAGGGGCUGGGCUGCUUGGAGUGGAGCCGCGGGGCAGCCCGGUAGCCCUCCCCACCCCCAGCGCGCUUCCCGCAGCUGUGCGGGCGCCGGCCCUCCCCCGCAGGGCGCCCUACCUGUUGAUCUUGAGCGCGAAGGCGCGGCGCUCUGCGCUCGGCAGCGUGGCCAUGGCCUCGGGGGGCGCGCGCGUCGCGGAGCCGCUGCAGCCCCUGCCCGACCCGAGCGGGACGCCCUCCUCAGCUGUCAGGCGCCAGAGCUGCAGACUUCCGCGUUUCCACCUGGGGCGCUGCGCUGCCCCCUGGGGGCUGCCCGGGCUCGGCGCGGAGGCCGCGGCGGAGAGCCGGACAGCGCGUGGUCGGCCUGGCACGCAGGGGCCGACGGGCGCGGAGGGUGUGGGCGCCCGCGGAAAUGCCCUCCGGAUGCUGCGAGCGGCGGCGCGCUCCGGCCGGGGCCCUGAGCUCGCGCGGGAGGCUGCGCGGGCCGGCGACCCCGAGAGCGCGAGGCCAGGCCGGAAGCUCCAUCCGCCGUGAGCCGUGGGCCACACGGGGGCUCCCGCCGCCAACGCCGCGCGCCUGGCCGGGCCCCGGAACCCGCCGGCGGCUGCUGUGCACCGGCCCUUCGGGAGGGUGCUGCGCAAUCCCGGGAGAAUGCAGGCUGUGGUGCUAGAGCCAGCGAGCCGCGGAAGACUCCAGGAUACAAGUCAGCAAAAACAUUCUUUCCUGUGCGUUGAAUAAAUGGAAUGAGUUAAUCAGA